CUCUGGCGCGCGGGACAAUACUAGGAAGAAUACAGCAGACGUGUGCGCACCUGCAGACCCAGCUUCACAGUGUCUGUCAAGUUUCACAAUAGAGUUUAAUUGAAUUUACAUCUAAGGAGCCAACAUGUGGAAUCAGGGAGGGUACAGUGAGUCUGGUAUGGCCGGGGGUUACACUCAGUCUCCAGGAGGCUUUGCAUCGCCUUCAUUAUCCCAAGGAGGAGAGAAGAAAGGGAGAACCCGUGCCACACAAAUAGUCCCCUGCACAGUGUCCCAGCUGAUGUCUGCAUCCCAGGCUGAUGAGGCCUUCAGGGUAGGAGAUGUGGAAGUUACCCAGGUCACUAUUGUGGGUAUCAUAAGGAGCACAGACAAAUCCAUGACCAACAUCCAGUACAAGGUUGAUGACAUGACGGGCGCUCCCAUGGAUGUGAAGCAGUGGGUAGACACAGAGGACCCCGGUGUGGACAGUAGCGUCCUGCCCCCAGGAACAUACGUCAAAGUCUCCGGCAAUCUACGCUCCUUUCAGAACCACAGAUCCGUUGUGGCAUUCAGUGUCAGGCCACUUGAGGACAUGAAUGAGAUCACCUCGCAUAUGCUGGAGGUUGUCCAAGCACACAUGGUGCUCGGUAAACCUCAGACCAUGCCAGGAGCUGGUGGAGGAAUGAGCAGCAGCAUCGUGCCCAUGUCACGGCCAGCCAUGGGAGGCCAGGGCGGCAUGGGAGGGGGCUAUGCAGGUGGUAACGACAUGGCUAACAACGGGUUAAACCCAAAUCAGAAUCAGGUGCUGCGUUUGAUUCGAGGCUGCCCCGACGCGCAGGGCAUCAGCAUUCAGGACAUAAAACAGAGGCUCAACGGCAUAAGUCUGGCUGUCAUCAAGCAAGCAGUGGAAUUCCUCAGCAAUGAAGGCCACAUCUUUUCCACCAUCGACGAAGACCACUACAAAUCAACAGACAAUGAUGACUAGACAUUUUCUUAGCACUUGUGGCGUCACUUAUUUGAAUUCAUCCACACAAAAGUCAUUAGUUUUUCCCAACUCAAAGCUAUCAACAAAGCAACAGCACCUCUGACCUCUUUAGAACUGAGUGAGAUCAUGCGCGUCCCUGUCUGUUAAGAUACUGUGGCUGAUGUUAACCGUUGGUUUUGGGUUUUGUGAGACCUUUAGUGUGCACAUCCUGCAUUCCUGAGGUUGCUUUUGCUGUUUUGCAAAGUCACACAAGUGUUGCCGAAGAAGCCGUUGGUGGCAUUUAUUACUACAUGUCGGUGUGUACGCCUCUGCCCUGUAAAGCAUUUUGUAAUUUCAAGAAUUUGGGAACAUAAGUACUCAGUUUAUUUUUGUGUAUGUAACUUACAAAUUUCAAAAGAUUGUACAAAAUGCAGGUUGUCCUGUCUCUGGAGCUUUUGUUUAUCUAAUAAUAAUAAAAAAAAUCUUUAAAAGAAAGAA